UUUUGGUCUGUGAUCCGUUUUGAGUUAAUCUUGACAUCUGGCAUGGGGUGCAACAUUACACUGCCAAUCAAUCCAUAAAUAAUUUAAGUCACCUCAUCUAUAAUGGAAAAGUACGAAAAACUAGCUAAGAUUGGAGAAGGGUCUUACGGUGUUGUAUUCAAAUGCAGAAAUAAAUCCUCUGGACAAAUAGUCGCAAUUAAGAAAUUUGUGGAGUCUGAAGAUGACCCUGUUGUGAAAAAAAUCGCACUACGAGAAAUACGUGUGUUGAAGCAAUUAAAACACCCCAACCUUGUGAACCUCAUUGAGGUGUUCAGGAGGAAGAGAAAAAUGCAUUUAGUGUUCGAAUACUGUGAUCAUACACUUCUAAAUGAGCUGGAAAGAAACCCGAAUGGUGUUACAGAUGGAGUGAUUAAAAGUGUGUUGUGGCAGACACUUCAAGCUCUUAAUUUCUGUCAUAAGCAUAACUGUAUUCACAGAGAUGUGAAGCCUGAGAAUAUUUUAAUCACUAAGCAAGGAAUAAUCAAGAUCUGUGACUUCGGCUUUGCACGAAUUCUGACUCCAGGAGAUGCCUACACUGAUUACGUUGCUACCAGAUGGUACCGAGCCCCUGAACUUCUCGUGGGUGAUACCCAGUAUGGUUCUUCAGUGGACGUGUGGGCCAUCGGUUGUGUUUUUGCAGAGCUCCUGACAGGCCAGCCACUCUGGCCAGGAAAAUCAGAUGUGGACCAACUUUAUCUGAUCAUCAGAACACUGGGGAAACUAAUCCCACGACAUCAGUCCAUCUUUAAGAGUAACCAGUUUUUCCAUGGCAUCAGCAUCCCUGAACCAGAAGACAUGGAAACUCUUGAGGAAAAGUUCUCCUAUGCUCAUCCUGUGGCUUUGAACUUCAUGAAGGGGUGUCUGAAGAUGAAUCCAAAUGACAGGUUAACCUGCGCCCAACUGCUGGAGAGCUCCUACUUUGAUUCUGUUCAAGAGGAACAGAUUAAAAGGAAAGCACGUAAUGAGGGAAGAAACAGAAGACGUCAGCAGAAUCAACUGUUGCCUCUCAUACCAGGAUGCCACAUCUCCCCCACACCUGAUGGAAGAAAACAAGUCCUCCAGUUAAAAUUGGAUCAUCUUCCAAACAUUUAGGAAAAUGCUCUUUCAAGUGCAAAGUAAUUUAAUAUGUACACAUUUUUGUACAAGCAAGAUAGGGAUUCUCAGUGUUUCAAAUGCAAAUUAGCCAUAUGAAAAUGAAGAUGCCUUCUAGAAUUG